UCAAAAACUAUAAUAAAUCAAGGUAUUCAAUGGCUAUUACAGUGAAAAAAACACUCUACAUGAUACUUUUUGUGGUGACAUUUUUCUGCAUGACAUCGGUUCUAAUUUUAGCUGCCCCUACGUCUCAACUACCGAUGCUAUACUCGAAAAGGUCAGUCAGUUCCUUGGUAACUAGUUCCUCAACAACUAAUGCAUAUCCUCAAUGUGUGUUGGACCAUGUAAAGACAGCGCAGAAUGCUCUAGGCUUUGUCGUGCCAACAACCGAUCAACUUCUAUGUGUUGUACUGAUAAAAACACUUUCCAUGGCUAUUGUAAAGGAAUACCACCACCUCAGUGUUGUUGUAAUCUACCUAGGUUACCUUAGAUAAUCUAUUGAUUUUGUUGCAAGUUAAUGGUAAUUCCUUGUAAACCCUAAGUUAAAAUAGUUACCUUAUGUAAUAUGUUGCUUUUGUUGUCAAGAUUGCUCCCCAGCUUAAUCAUCUCUACUAAAUAAAUAACUUUUUGCCACA